CGCGCGCUCCGAGGUGCCCAGACCCCGCGCCCGGAAAGCCGGGGGCGCGGUCACCUCGCAGCGCGGGACCCAGGACCGCCGCCUCCCCUCCACCCAAAGCAAGGCGCAGCAGCUGAGCGAAGCCACAGACUCCCUGGUCUCUUGCCUGUUGUCCUCAUGAGAAAAACCAACAUGUGGUUCUUGGAACGGCUUCGGGGGUCUGGGGACAAUGGAGCCAGCCGCGGGGUGGGUGGCGAUGCUGGGGACAAGGCCUCCAAGGGCCCUCUAUAUAGCAACGUGCUGACGCCGGACAAGAUCCCCGACUUCUUCAUACCCCCCAAGCUGCCCUCAGGCCCUCCAGAGGCCGAGGGGCAGGCAGACCUGGGCCCAUCCACUUCCGAGCAGAACCUGGCUUCACCUGGGCCCCGCCGAGCACCACGAAGCCCCAGGCUGCCUGUCAAGUUGGCCUCAGAGAGCAGGAGUCUGCUGAAGGCAGCCACACGACACGUGAUUCAGAUAGAGAGCGCAGAGGACUGGACAGCAGAGGAGGCCACCAACGCCGACCCCCAGGCACAGGGUGCCAUGUCGUUGCCCUCUGUGCCCAAGGCUCAAACAUCCUAUGGCUUUGCCACACUGGCUGAGAGCCCCCACACCCGACGCAAGGAGUCCCUUUUCCACAGUGAGCACGGGGCCCUGGCCCAGGUGGGUUCCCCUGGUGCUGGCCGCCGGCGAGCAGGUGCCAAGGCCAAUGGGGGUAAUGGGGGACCCCGGGAGGCUGGGGGGGGCCUGAUGAGCCCUAGUCGCUACUUCAGCGGCGGGGAAAGUGACACGGGGUCCUCUGCCGAGUCCUCUCCCUUCGGGUCCCCUCUGCUCUCUCGCUCUGUGUCGCUGCUCAAGGGCUUCGCCCAGGACAGCCAGGCCAAGGUGAGCCAGCUGAAACACUCGGUGGGCCGCCAUGGCUCCCUGUCUGCCGAUGACAGCACCCCAGACACUAGCCCAGGUGUCCGUCGCCGCUUGACCCGCAAGGCUACCCUGGAGCCAGGCCCCGAGUCUGGCCAGGCACCACGUGGAGAGCACACAGUGCGGAUGGGCACCAGGGGCAGCGUGAGGCUGCUGGCGGAAUACGAGGCGGCUCAGGCCCGCCUGCGUGUGCGCCUGCUGGCGGCUGAGGGUCUGUACGACCGGCCUUGUGAUGCCCGGAGCAUCAACUGCUGCGUGGGGCUGUGCCUGGUGCCCGGGAAGCUGCAGAAGCAGCGGAGCACCAUCAUCAAAAACAGUCGCCACCCCAUCUUCAACGAGGACUUCUUCUUUGACGGCCUGGGUCCAGCCAGCGUGCGCAAGCUGGCCCUCAGAAUCAAGGUGGUCAAUAAGGGUAGCAGUCUCAAGCGGGACACAAUCCUGGGGGAGGAGGAACUGCCACUGACCUCGCUGCUGCCCUUUCUGUGAGGUCACCGGCUCCUCCCCCUCCACAUUGAGCUCAUCGGAGUGGGUGGGGGCGGGGCCUGCGGCCCUGUGUUUCCCUGGGUCUCUCUUAGUGGAUUGCUCUUUUCAUAGGAGGAGAAGAUGGGCUGCAGGCGCAAAGCAUUGCUCUGCCGGCCGGCACCCCUCCCCCUUCCCACUCCGUGAUACCUCUUGGCCCUUUCAUCUUGAGUUGUGGGGUUCUUAGCGGUCCCAGGAUCCUGGGUACCUAAGGCAACCGGUACCCAGAGAUUAGGUCCCCGUGUGGGGGCUGGCCUUUCUUUCCCCCCUUCACUGUACAGGGGGUGUUUCCCGUCACAGCCUCGUGGCUAUACUCAGCUCAGAUGCUCUGAGAACCCCUCGUCUGUGGGAGGUCAUCCUCCCUGACCAGGCUGGCUCCAGGUAGACCCAGCCUCUCAGAUUCUGGGGCUGGUGUUCCUUUCUGGCUAGAGCUGGGGAGACUAGAAGUGCGUUAGGAGCCGAGGGUCGCAGUGUCUCUUCGCUGUUGGCUCUUUGGCGCAGGAUUCUCUCAACUCCUGCCGACCAACCAGAAGCACCUGUAACCUGGAGCUUCUGCCUCAAGCCCAUGACUCCCCAUUCUACAGGCUACAAACUUCCUUCCUUCCCAGGGUGCCGCUUGCUCCAGAGUGUAAAUAGGCUUUGGUGGUGGGAGGGAGGGACAGGUCUGGGUUCUGUGUGGUCGUGUCCCCCCCCCCCCCCCCCCCCCCCCCCCCCCCCCCCCCCCCCCCCCCCCCCCCCCCCCCCCCCCCCCCCCCCCCC